AUGGAUCAGCGACAGCAACAAGAUACACGGUUCCGUGAACCAAUAGCCGUCAUUGGAUCGGCUUGUAGAUUUCCAGGAGGAGCUAGUUCUCCGUCGAAACUAUGGAAGCUUCUUCAACAACCUCGUGAUGUUGUGAAGGAAUUCGACCCAAGUCGACUUAAUUUAUCACGCUUCUAUCACAAGAGUGGUGAUACUCACGGAGCCACAGAUGUUGGAAACAAAUCUUAUCUCCUUGAAGAAGACACUCGCCUUUUUGAUGCUGCAUUCUUUGGCAUCAGUCCUGUUGAGGCCGCAGGCAUGGAUCCGCAGCAGCGAAUAUUGCUGGAAGCUGUUUACGAGGCAUGCGAGUCUGCUGGAAUGACCCUUGAUGAAUUAAAAGGGUCAUUCACAUCCGUUCAUGUUGGCUGCAUGACAUCGGAUUACGCCAAUAUUCAAGCUCGCGAUACAGAGACGGUGCCAAAAUACAAUGCUACUGGCUCAGCUAACAGCAUCUUGUCUAACCGCAUCUCGUAUAUCUUUGACCUCAAGGGCCCAUCGGAGACAAUUGACACAGCCUGUUCCAGCUCUUUGGUAGCCUUACAUAAUGCUGCACGAGGCCUGCUAAACGGCGACUGCAAUACUGCCGUCGUCGCCGGAGUCAAUCUGAUCUUGGACCCCGCUCCAUACAUCAAUGAGUCAAAACUUCACAUGCUGUCCCCUGAUGCGAGGUCACGCAUGUGGGAUAAGUCUGCUAAUGGAUAUGCACGCGGUGAAGGUGCUGGUGCACUACUACUAAAGACACUGAGUCAGGCUUUGAAGGACGGAGACUAUAUCGAAGGUCUUGUCAGAGCAACAGGUGUCAACUCAGAUGGCCAAAGUCCAGGAAUUACAAUGCCAUUUGCUCCAACUCAAACUGCACUCAUUCAACAGACGUAUGCUCGUGCUGGUCUUGACCCCAUCAAAGACCGACCGCAGUAUAUUGAAUGCCACGGUACAGGUACCCCUGCGGGCGACCCUGUGGAAGCACGAGCACUUAGUGAUGCGUUUAUUGCUGAACAUGAAAAAUCUACAAACAACCCCAUCUUUGUAGGGUCAAUCAAGACAGUGAUUGGGCACUUGGAAGGUGGCGCUGGAAUAGCAGGUGUGAUCAAAGUCCUACUCAGCAUUAAGCAUAGAGUUAUUCCUCCAAAUCUGCUUUUCAAGGAGCUCAACCCAGACAUCGCUCCGUAUUACGGCCCUCUUCAAAUUCCUACAAAGGCUAUUCCAUGGCCUGAACUGCCGCCUGGUACUCCUGCCCGUGCCAGUGUCAAUAGCUUCGGGUUUGGAGGGACUAAUUCUCAUGCCAUCAUCGAGAGCUUCGACGAAGAUUCGGUGCCCCAGCACAACUCCACAGACGAAGAAGGCACAAUUGGGCCGUUUGUGUUCUCCGCAAAAUCCGGAGCCUCUUUAUUGCGAUCCAUCAAAGAUAAUCUUGAAUUUUUGGAGCAGGACUCCUCCAUUGAUCUCCGAGACUUAAGUGCGCUGCUGCAGUCAAGGCGAACCACCCACCGUGUUCGCGCUCACUUUUCAGGAUCAUCGAAAAGUGAUAUUCUCGAUAAAAUGGCUGAAUUUGUGAGAAUUCACGAGAAGUCAUCCAGUGAUCAGAUAGGGCACCAGCCUCAGCUUAUCAAUCCCAAAGAGGUUCCGGGAAUCCUUGGCGUAUUCACAGGACAAGGUGCGCAAUGGCCUGCUAUGGGCCGAGAGUUGAUAAAAAAGUCUUCACUAUUCCGCAAAUGCAUUCAAGAAUGCGAAGCUGUUUUGUCUGCGCUUCCGGAACAAGACAUUCCCAAAUGGUCACUCAUGGAAGAGCUCUUGAAAGAUGACACCUCUUCUCGCAUCUCCGAGGCGGCAAUCUCCCAACCUCUUUGCUCAGCUGUGCAACUUGCACUGGUAAGGCUGCUUGAAGUGGCUGGUGUUAAGUUUGACGCAGUUGUCGGACAUUCGUCUGGUGAGAUCGCUGCCACUUUCGCAGCCGGAAUCAUAAACCUUCAAGGCGCAAUGCAGAUUGCGUAUUAUCGUGGCUUGCAUGCCAAAUCUGCCCGUGGCAUCAACGGUGUGAAGGGCGCUAUGAUGGCUGCGGGCUUAUCGUUUAUGGACGCAAAAGCCUUUUGUUCUCGACCAGAAUUCAACGGCCAGAUUAAAGUCGCAGCUAGCAAUGCUCCGAAGUCUGUGACCCUUUCCGGUGAUGUUGACGCUAUCACCAAGGCCUAUGAGAUACUGCAGGCGGAGAACAUUUUUGCACGGCGCCUACAAGUAGAUACUGCCUAUCACUCGCAUCAUAUGGUACCCUGCUCACAGCCCUAUCUAGACUCGUUGCUAGCUUGCAAUAUUAAGGUUAUGCAGCCAGCAGCAGAUAAAUGCACUUGGAUCUCAAGUGUGCGUGGUGAUACACAGCUCUUGAGGGGCGACCUGAGUUCCCUGAAGGGCCAAUAUUGGGUUGACAACAUGGUUCGAACAGUCUUAUUUACGCAAGCUGUUGAGUCAUCUAUUUGGCAUGGUGGCCCAUUUGAUCUGGUUAUCGAAGUUGGUCCUCAUCCUGCCCUAAAGGGGCCUACUGAGCAGACGCUUAAGGCCUCGUAUGGUGCCAUCCCUGUGUACACUGGAGUCCUUAAACGGGGUGGCAAUGAUGUGGAAGCUUUCUCUUCGGCCAUAGCCACUACCUGGGCUCAGCUUGGGCCUGGAUUUAUUAGAUUCGCUGGUUAUCGCAGCCUGUUCUACGAGACUGAUGCACCCUUGCUGAAGAUACCCAAGGGAUUGCCCUCAUAUUCUUGGGACCAUGAUAAGGUUUAUUGGCGCGAAGGUAGAUUGUCUCGCCGGUUCAGACUUGGCAAAGAUAAGAGCCAUGAGCUUUUGGGACGUCGUACGCUCGACGAUAAUGAUACCGAACUACGUUGGCGUAAUGUUCUCAAACUUACCGAAAUGUCCUGGCUUCGUGGACAUGAGGUUUUGGGAGAAGUGCUACUUCCAGGAGCAUCUUACAUAUCGAUCGCUGUGGAGGCUGCCAAAAGCUUGGCCAUGACGGUGGAUAAGGGGAUUCGGCUUAUUGAAGUCGAGAAUGUGAAUAUCCUGCGUCCCGUUGUUGUUCCAGAAGGCGCUGAUGGUGUCGAGACCCUUUUUACAACGCAUGUUGUUAAAGCCACCAAAGACUAUAUCCAGGCAAAGUUUAUAUACUAUGUUUGCCCAGAUGAAACUCUAGGAUCGAUGCUGCAGACCUGCAAUGGCGAUAUUUCAGUGUAUUUCGAGACGCAUCCGGGUUCAUUGUCGGAAGAAGUAUUGCCUCCAAGGGAUGCUACGCCUACAAAUUUAACUAGUAUCGACACGGAAAGAGUUUAUUCACUAUUCAAAGACAUUGGUCUCAAUUACUCCGGUCUUUUCCGUGGCAUAUCCACUAUCGACAGACAGCUUGACUAUGCCAGCACUACAAGCACCUGGGCUGAGGGUCUGGAUACAUCUUAUGUUGUUCAUCCCGCUAUGCUUGAUGUGGCAUUUCAGACCAUGUUCAUUGCAAAGGCUCACCCAGCGAGUCGUCAAAUCUCUUCUGCUCUAUUACCGUCACAUAUUGAUCGGGUUCGUAUCAAUCCGGCAGUGCACUUUACACAAUCAAAUGGCGGUGCUGAGACUACUGCUGAAUUUGAGACCUGGGCCGUUAAGCAAACCGCUAAUUCACUGAUCGGCGAUCUCAAUAUCUACGAUGCUGCAACAGGCAAGACCUUCCUACAAGUGGAAGGACUCUCUGUAAAUUCUGUUGGAGAGCAAGAUGCCUCAUCUGAUCGAUCUAUGUUUUCCAGAACUAUAUGGGGACAAGAUGUCUCUCUUGGCCUUCCUGAUCCUGUUAGAGAUCCGGUCAAAGAUGCAGAAGGUCUGCAAAUGGCUCACGCUGUCGAGAGAGUAGCACUUUUUUACGUUAAGAGCAUCUUAAAUGAAGUUAAAGAAGAGGAAAGAAAAGGCCUCCAGUGGUACCACCAGCGCAUGUUUGAAGCUUUCGAAGAGCACAUCAGGGUUGUGAAAGUUGGAGAGCAUCCAAUCAUUUUGGCUGAAUGGCUGGAUGAUGAGGCAUCGAUACUCGAUGAACUCGAUGCUAGCCAUGGGGACACGAUUGACUUCAAACUCCUCCAUGCUGUGGGCAAGGACUUGGCUGAUGUCGUGCGUGGCAACAAGCAGAUGCUUGAGGUCAUGACCAAGGAUGAUAUGCUCAACCGCUUCUACAUGGAAGGCUAUGCCUCUGUUCCUACUAAUAAAGCAGUAGGUGAUGCACUACGACAGCUCUCAUUUAAGUAUCCACGCGCCAAGAUCUUGGAAAUUGGAGCUGGCACUGGCGGAACGUCGUGGAGUGUCCUGAAUUCCAUUGGUGAUGCCUAUGAUUCGUAUACUUACACCGAUGUCUCAUCUGGUUUUUUUCAUCUGGCCGAGGAAAAAUUCUCCAAAUUUGCGCACAAGAUGAUAUUCAAAGUGUUGGACAUUGAACAAGAGCCAAAGGACCAAGGAUUUGCAGAGCACUCGUACGACAUUAUUGUUGCCGCUCUGGUCCUCCAUGCGACCCACGACUUGGAAAAGACGAUGCGUCACGCUCGGUCAUUGCUAAAACCCGGUGGUUUCCUUGUCAUGGUUGAGCUGACAGGUACCAUGAGUGUUCGCGCCACUCUGGUCAUGGGAGGCCUUCCAGGAUGGUGGCUUGGAGAGGGUGACGGCCGGCGACUCAGCCCACUUGUCACCGCCAUAGAAUGGGAUAGGUUAUUACAAGAUACCGGCUUUUCUGGGGCUGACGCCGUCAUCCACGACUUGGCAAAUGAGGACAAGCAUUGUACUGCCCUCAUCAUGGGCCAAGCCAUUGACGACGAUUUCCAACGCCUGCGCUCUCCGUUAAGCACCGCUGUUGAGCUGCCGAUUCCGACUGAGCCCAUUGUCGUUAUUGGUGGCAAACGACUUUCGACAUCAAAGAUUGUGAGAGAAAUCCAGAAGUUACUUCCAAAGAAAUGGGAUCGCCAAAUGCGACUCUUUAAGAGCAUUGAUGAGAUUGAUAUGGCUAAAUUAACUCCUGGCAUGGAUGUUCUUUGCUUGCAGGAUGUUGAUGAACCACCGUUUGCUCAAACCAUGACAGAUAAGCGCAUGACCAUCAUCCAAUCUCUUUUGAUGAAUGCCAAAAACUUGCUCUGGGUUACUUGUGCCGGUGAAUCUCAGACUCCAAGGGCAAAUCUCAUCCAUGGAAUUAUGCGCGUGGUUCCCUCAGAGCUUCCUCAGUUAAACGUUCAGGUUUUAGGACUUGAGACGGGAGAAAUUCCAGCCAAUGUUGCAAAAAAAGCUGUUGAAAUGUUCCUACGGUUACGAGAAACUGGUACUGACGGAGGGAAUAGUCACCGUGACAUGCUCUGGUCUAUGGAACCCGAGCUUGACAUUAUUGGUGACCAAAUUAUGAUCCCCCGUGUCAUCCCGGAUAUUGAGCUCAAUGAGCUAUAUAAUGCCUCUAAGCGAGUCAUCACCAAGACUGUUGAUGCAAAGAAAAUUCCUGUCAAUGUGGUACAGAGAGAUGGCAAAUUGUCUUUACAAAUUGCCACUGUUCACAAUACCCAAUACACCACCGGCUCUGUUCCAAUCCAAGUUCAUUAUUCCGUGCGUAUUCCUGGUACGAGCGGAGAUGAACUAUUCAUAAUCAGCGGACAAUCUGCGGAUUCAUCUUGGGUAGCUGGAAUGACUAGUGUGAAUGCUUCCAUCGUUUAUGUUGAUGGCAGGCAUCUCAUACCCAUUGAUGAACAGGAUUGUACACCUGAGAAGCUUGUUGCCAUGUCCAACUUUAUUUUGGCUUGGGCAAUUAUGACGCUGGCUGCUCCUAAUGCCUCGGUACUGCUAUUUGAGGCUGAUGAUUCCUUAGCUGUAUCAGUCAAGGCCAAGAUCGCCGCAGCUGGCGGCAAGGUCAUCCUUGCUGCGGCUCAGACAAAAAACAGCUCUACUGACUUCAUCAAGGUACAUACUUUAGCUUCUAGGCGUGCAACUCAGAGACUCGUGCCUCGUGAUGUUAAGCUCUAUAUCGACUGCUCUUCGGAAAAACUUGCUGGUAGUCGCACCACGUCUCUCAACACGACAACAUACGUCACAGAUUGGAAGCAAAAAUCCCUGCCAACAACAAUUCAGCCCCUCAACGUUGAAGGCAUUUUCAGAGCUGAUAAAACAUAUUUUAUGGCUGGCAUGGCAGGAGGAUUGGGUCUCUCUAUAUGCCAGUGGAUGAUCCGCAAUGGAGCUAAGCAUAUGGUGAUUACCAGUCGUCGCCCUGAGGUUGACAGAGCUACGCUAGAGGAAGCUGAACGAGUUGGCGCUUCCGUGAAAGUUCUCGCUAUGGAUCUAACCAAGAGGGAGUCUGUUGAAAAGGUGGUUCAAGAAGUUCGCGACACGAUGCCUCCCAUUGCUGGUGUCUGCAAUGCUGCCAUGGUUUUGAAGGAUGGCUUUUUUGUGGAUAUGGAUGUCGAUCAAUUUAACAAUACACUCGCCGCCAAAGUCAUUGGAUCCGAGAAUCUUGAUUCCAUUUUCGGCAGUGAUCCUCUCGAUUUCUUCAUUCUUCUUGGCUCGGUGGCCUCAGUCAUAGGAAAUGUUGGUCAAUCUAAUUACCAUGCAGCUAAUCUGUUUAUGACAAGUCUUGUUCAUCAACGGCGUGCACGUGGCCUUGCCGCAUCUAUUAUACAUAUCGCCUAUGUGACAGAUGUUGGCUAUGUGACUCGGGAAGAACGUGAUCGACAACUUGAUUCUCACUUCCGCAAAGUAAGGCUUAUGCCUACAUCAGAGACUGAUGUUCACCACGCCUUUGCUGAAGCUGUCAAAGGAGGGAAGCCCGGGAGUACUUCGGGAUACUAUGAUAUAAUCAUGGGCAUUGAGCCGCUUACCGAAGCAAUUCCGUCCGACCAGCAACCAUUGUGGAUGAAGAACCCACGAUUUGCGCAUUUUGACCAACACGCUAUCCAUGCCCAGCACGAGCGUGGUUCAGGAGCAACUACGGAAAAUGUGAGAGCAUUGGUCGACAAAGCUGAGAAGGAAGAAGACGCCAUUGACGCCGUUAUGGCAGCAUUUUGUGGCAAACUUGAAUCCAUACUGCAGCUCACGGUUGGAAGCAUUAACGUACAGCGACCAAUCACUGAUCUUGGCAUCGAUUCACUAGUUGCUGUGGAAAUUCGCACAUGGUUCCUCAAAGAACUCGGUGCAGAUGUUCCUGUUGUUAAAAUUCUUGGAGGUGAUACUGUCCAGCAGUUGUCUACAAUUGCGACGAAAAAAUUGCUAGCCAAGAAUAUGGAAGCCGGGGCUGAAAAGAAGUCUACAACUGAGAUGCCUACCGACACGCCAGCCCCGGUUAGUGCUCCCGCCCCAGCAUCUAUUCCUUCGCCUCGGAUUGCCGUCGAGUCAUCUAACAUAGUUUCUGGUGAUAGAAUUCAAACUGAUCAAACCGGUCCCACCUUAACGCCUGAGAGCGGCCGAUCUCCCUUUCUCACGGCUCAAAAUGUACUCGAUUUUGACAGUGUGAGUGUGUUAACAGCCGCAAGCAAGCAAGAAGAUUCUAUUUCAAGCAGCAGCUCAUAUACGAAGGGCGAGGCACCCGAAGUUGAUAACAAAUCAGAGCGAUCGAACAGUAUUGGGGAAGGGAAGCUAGAGGACAUGAGAGUUCGGCCAGAAAUCCUUCGCGAGGAGAGAAUGUCACCCGCCCAGGCACGGCUUUGGUUCUUAUCUCAGCACUUGGAGAAUGCUUCAGCUUAUAACAUGGCAUUCCGGUACAGAGUUCAAGGUCCAAUUGGUAUUGCCAGGUUAAAACACGCAUUAUCAGUCACGACGUACAACCACGAAUGUUUAAGAAUGUGCUUCUAUUCACGUCUUGAAGACGGCCAUCCUAUGCAAGGUGUAAUGGCUUCGUCAUUGCACAGCUUCAAACACUUUGUGGAUGCAUCUGACGCUGAUGUUGAUAAAGAAAUGUCGAGGCUCUCUACGCGUAAAUGGGACUUGGAACACGGGCACACAAUGGAAGUGUCAUUGCUCAGUCGCAGCCCUGAAGACCAUGUCAUAAUUAUAGCAUACCAUCACAUCAUCAUGGAUGUCAUGGGAUUAGGCAUUGUACUAAACGAUUUGAACAACGCAUACAAUAUGAAGCCCUUGGAUAAGAGUGCGGGAUCAUAUGUCGACUUUUCCACGCAGCAAUUAGAGCGACAAACCCGAGGCGAAUUUGAUCAGCAACUUGCUUUCUGGGAGGCCGAAUUUAAGACAAUCCCUGAUACAAUGCCACCUAUACCAUUUGCGAACAUCAGCAACCAUGGAAUUGAGUUAGGUACGGACGCACAUCAUCAAUACCGAGAACUCAGCGACGCACAAUUCCUAUCUCUGAAAGCUGCCUGUCAACAUCUCCGCAUUAGCCUCUUCCAUUUCCAUCUUUCCCUUCUUCAGAUAUUGCUUUCCCGAUAUACCAAUUCUGAGGAUAUGUGUAUUGGAAUAGUUGACGCCAACCGUAACGACCACAGAUUCGCCAGUACAGUUGGUUGCUUUGUUAAUAUGGUCCCGGUUCGUCUGCAUGUCCCCGGCCGUCAGACUGGGUUCGCUGCCAUUGCCCAAAAAACUCGCAAGAGUGCUCUUCAAGCUCUCGAAAACUCGGCAGUACCUUUUGACAUGAUACUUGACAAGAUCAAAAUACCAAGAUCAUCUGGCAGUACACCUCUAUUCCAAGUUGCGCUCAAUUAUCGCACCGGUUCCAUCUGGGAAAUGCCGCUCGGAAAAGCAAAGUUAAAUAUGGAGGCUGUGAAAGACGCCAAUAAUCCGUAUGAUCUGAGCUUGGGCGUUGCAGAGACACGUACAGGCUGUAUGGUUGAGGUCUAUGCUUCAUCUUCUCUCUAUAGCGCCGAAGCUUGCUGUACCAUCAUGGACGCUUACAUGCGUCUUCUGGAUGACUUUUCCGGCACUCCGGACCUUGAGAUUGGAAAAUGCAAGGUUUAUGGCGAGACGGAUAUCGAAAGAUCUCUGGAAAUUGGAACAGGCCCAAUUAUGAACUUUGGCUGGCCUGCAACUCUUUCAGAGCGCUUUCUGGACAUGGUUCGCCUUUAUUCCACCAACCAGGCCGUAACCGAUAAGACGUGCACGCUGUCAUAUGCCCAGCUCUUGGAGAGAGUGAAUGCUGUAUCCGAUGCACUUAAUAGGCAUGGGUGCAAGUCCGACUCUCGUAUCGCCGUUCUUUGUGAACCAUCUGCCGAUACCAUUGUGUCUAUGCUAGCCAUUCUGCAUAUUGGCGCUGUCUACGUCCCCUUGGACGUCAGCUUACCAACAUCACGCCAUGCCGCUAUGGUUCAAUCCUGCAAGCCACCGGUUAUCCUGAGUCACUCUGCUACGGGUGGCAUAGCUAAAGAUUUGAUGGACAAAGUUGAAUUCCCCAUUCAACAAAUAAUCAUUGAUGACAUUGUGGUAGAAGAAGUCAGGAUAACAGUGCCGUGCGCCGCGAAGCCAGACACUUGCAGUGUCAUUUUAUUUACUAGUGGUUCUACAGGCACACCCAAGGGUAUUAUGCUUUCACAGGCCAAUUUUGUAAACCAUCUGGCUCUCAAGACGCGACUGCUUGGCUUAGGCAAGGAAACAGUACUCCAGCAAAGCUCAACAGGGUUCGAUAUGUCCAUGAUUCAGAUGUUUUGCGCUCUCGCCAAUGGUGGUCGAUUAGUCAUUGCUCCAUUUGAGAUCAGGCGCGAUCCGAUUGAGAUGGUGUCCCUCGUGCGAAGCGAGCAAAUAUCAUUAUCAAUUGCAACGCCGUCCGAAUAUCUUGCCUGGGCAAAUUAUGGAGCCGCGAAUUUGAAAGAGAAUGUAGCGUGGCGGCACAUUUGUAUGGGCGGCGAGCCGGUUACUCGACAACUGGUCGCGGAACUGAAUCGCCUUGGACUUCCAAAUCUGACAGUGACAAAUUGUUAUGGGCCAACAGAAAUAACAGCGGCAGCUUCUUUCCAAACCAUCGAUUUAGAAGGACAAGAAAAUGCCAAUCCCGAUAUGAUUAAGUAUACCGUCGGUAAGGUGCUCCCUAAUUAUACGGUAUCCAUUUUGGAUGCAUCAGGCAGUCCGCAACCUGUGAAUUAUACAGGGGAAAUCUGCAUUGGUGGUGCGGGAGUGGCUCUCGGAUACGUCAAUCCCUCCGAAGAGGCAGGCAGUAAAUUUAUUGUCACAGAAGGAGGACAAAAAAUGUACCGCACUGGAGAUCGUGGUCGCCUUCUGCCUAAUGGAACUUUGCUCUUAUUUGGUCGUAUUGAUGGCGACAGCCAAAUCAAACUCCGAGGUCUCCGUAUCGAUCUGCAAGAGAUUGAAUUAGCUGUUGUUGAAGCGGCAGACGGACUUUUAUCCACAGUGGUUGUCUCUCAGCGAGGCGAUGUGCUAAUAGCCCAUGCCACAAUUUCCGCGGAAAAGAAUACAAUCACUUCUGUCACAGAUGAUGACUUGACGGCCGUUUUGAGAAAAUUGACAUUACCUCAAUACUUCAUUCCAGCCCGCAUCGUCAUCUUGCCGACGCUUCCCACCAACGCCAAUGGAAAACUGGAUCGUAAAGCAAUCGGCGCUCUUCCACUUCUACAAAGCCAAUUUAUAGCCAAUCCAGCUUUAGAAGAGGAAAAGAUGACAGUUGGCGAGGGAGAACUGCGACUCCUAUGGGAGCGCGUUCUCCCACAAGCAACGUCCUCAAAGCGGAUUUCGCCAUCUUCGGAUUUCUUCCUCUUAGGAGGUAAUUCACUUCUGCUCAUGAAGCUUCAAGCAGCGUUAAAGGAUUCUAUGAACGUAAUCAUGUCAACUAGAAAGCUUUAUCAGGCAAGCACACUGCGCGACAUGGCUCGAUCCAUUGGUGAGCAGCGACAGUCCCAGAUCGCAAACGAUGCCGAGUUGGAGAUAGACUGGGUUGCAGAGACCGCUAUUCCCAAAUGGCUCCUGAACCAGAUACACGAACGCUCUCAAACAAAAAUUUCUUCGAGCCCAAAGCCAUCUGACGAAGAGAUUGCUGUCUUAAUGACUGGCGCAACAACCUUCCUGGGUGGCCAUUUGUUGAAGUCGCUUCUUCAAUCAGACAAAGUAAGCAAGGUUUAUUGCAUCGCCAUUCCUGCUGAUGACCAGCAUCUACUCCCUGAAGAUAGUAAAAUUGAAUGCUUCACAGGAAGUCUACUGUCGCCUACCUUGGGACUUAGUACAGUCGAACGACAGCGACUAGAACUUACUGCUGACAUUAUUGUUCACGCGGGAGGCAGUGGGCAUUGUCUCAAUACAUACGCCACGCUGCGCACUCCCAAUGUUCUUUCUACCCAAUUUCUUUCUUCAAUGGCCCUGCCACGCUCUAUUCCCUUGCUCUUCUUAUCAUCUAAUCGGGUCGUUCUCCUGACUGGAAACACUGCACCCCCGGCUGCCUCGGUCAGCGCAUUUCUUCCGGCAACAGAUGGUCGUGAAGGUCAUAUGAUGAGUAAAUGGGCGAGCGAGGUCUUUUUGGAAAAUCUCGUUGGCCAAUUGCAUGCCUCUUCACCAGAGCAUCAGCAAAACCCCUGGACUGUUUCAGUACAUCGUCCGUCUGUCAUUGUCAGCGAAAACGCCCCCAACUCUGAUGCUCUCAACGCAAUUUUGAGAUAUUCCAUUCUAAUGAGAACUGUACCUCGAAUGGAUAAUGUUGAGGGCUAUCUUGACUUGGCGCAGCUGGAAACUGUUGUUGCCGAGUUAUUAGAGUCAGUGAUACAUCUUGGAUCAGGCCAGAACACUAAUGACUCAACGGAGAUUGUUUACAAGCAUCAUUCCGGCGGUGUCAAAGUUCCCACCGGUGAGCUUUGGUCGCAUCUAGAACAGGUGCACGGUGUUACUUUUGAAGAGGUUGACAUGAAAGAAUGGCUGCGUCGAGCGGCACGGGCGGGCAUUGAUCCUUUAAUUACGGCAUAUUUGGAAGCCAUUCAGAGCAAUGGGGCCACCAUGAUAUUCCCCUACAUGGGAAGUGAUUGA